AUGACGACAACUAGAUAUUCGACACAAUUUCAAAGAUUUUUCAAUUAUACUCGUUUCUUUUCGCAAUUAUGUGGAGUUGAUAUGGUAUUAAAAAAUUAUCGCAUGACUACGGCAACAUGGAUUGUAAUUGCUUUGAUAAAUAUUGCCAUUGGCUUUACAUUUUACACCAUGUAUGUGGGCGUGAUUAUCAACAAUGACUGGAUUAUAAUGCUGAAAAGUCUUUGCAUGUUAGGAACGGGAGUACAAGGUUAUGCAAAAAUAAUCAAUGCCCUUAAGAAAUCACAUAUAUAUCAUAUUAUUUAUGAGGAAAUCGUAGAAAUGUAUACCGUAUAUGAGGAAAACAAGUGCUACCACAAACUGCUAAAAGAAAGCAUAGCGUUGACUAAGAAACUUAUAGCAAUUUUAUUUGGUGUUGUUAUCCUGACCGUUUUAUCUGUGAUUGGAGUCCCCAUUAUCUAUAGGAUCGCUUUUAAAGAGCGUAUCUUUGUAAUGCAUUUCUUUUUCCCCUACAUCGAUACCGACACAGACUUUGGUUACUACUUAACUACGACAUUUCAUAUAAUUUGUGUCUUUUUCGGUGGUUUUGGCAAUUUUAUUAAUGACUCGUGGUGCUUUAUAUUUGCUGCCCAUAUACCAUUAAUAAAGAACAUUUUGCAAGCCAAGUUUAGGGAACUGGAUAUUUUAUUACAAAAAGAUCCUUUCGAAUUUGAUGAAAUUAAAAAUAAAUUAUUGGAUAUAUUCAAAUGGCAUCAAAAGUUUAUACUUUUUUGCAAAACUAUAAAGAAUCUAUUUUUCUGGAUUAUAUUUGUACAAGUUUCCACAGAAUUUAUAUGUAUUAUUUCUACGGUUGUUUGUUUGUUUUUGGGAAAUUGGCCAGCAGCACCAAUUUUCUUGAUCUAUUCAUUUGUUAUGUUUUACUUUCAUUGUGCUUUAGGAAAUUUGGUAGAAAUUUCGAAUGAUGAUGUCGUUUUUAUGAUUUAUGACUGCGAUUGGUAUAAAUUAAAUGUUUCGCAGCAAAAAAUGAUUCUUAUAAUGUUGCGCGAAUCUCAAGAAGCUGAGGGCAUGUCUAUUGGUGGUGUGGCUCCUUUAACUUUAAAUACAGCUCUACAAUUGACCAAAACAAUUUAUACUUUUUCCAUGAUGUUGAGAAACUUUUUAAAUUAGAAAUUUCAAAUGCAGUAAAUGUAUGUUUAAUUAAUGCUAAGUAUUUGCAACCGAACUGCACCGAAUAUGAAUUGCACUAAU